AUCUCGCGAGAUCUUGCUCAGUCGCUCUCGCCGCCGGGUUAGCCACAACAGCUGUUUGUUUAUUUCUAGUACGCGUAGAGUCACUGAGCUCGACUUCAAAUCCCUGGUGUAUUUUAUUCUUGGGUAAUUAAAACACUAAUUAUGGCUGACACAGACCCGAAAUCAGUGCAGGAUCUUACAGCAGUGGUGCAGACAUUGCUGCAGCAGAUGCAGGACAAAUUCCAGACCAUGUCAGAUCAAAUCAUUGGGAGAAUUGAUGAGAUGAGCACACGCAUUGAUGACUUGGAGAAGAACAUCGCUGACUUAAUGACCCAGGCUGGUGUGGAGGAGGCAGAAGGAGAGAACAAGCCCAAAGAAGCUGAGGCAUCUUAAUGAAGGUAGCUCACUAAUGAUGGAGUAAAGGAAACUCUUCAAGAGCAGCAACUUUUCCCCAGUAGUGCUGCCUGCUUUGAUUUGAUGUAUUGUUGUAUAGUUCUUUUUAUACUAACUUUAACUAAUAGCAAUGAAUAUUACUGAUAUUAUUCUUUAAUAUUUAGGAUUUUUUUUUCUUUAUUGAUAGUGCGCAUCAUUUUUUAGGCACCUUAAAGGCCAGCCAGCUGCAUUGAUGAGGCCUGUUACUGUAAUAUGAGCACUAUCUUCGUGCCAAACACCACCAUUCCAGUUUCAGCUAUUAAAAUGGUUUCAUAUAAAAAAAAAAAACGGUUUGUGAAGUUUUAGCUUUUUUACUCCUGUCUGAAUUAUUGCUGACUUUAAUGAAUGAAUCCCUAGUGAGCCUGGCCCAUCUCAGUCAUUAAUGAAAAUGAUUCAUCUGGAGCAAUACAUGCACCACUUGACACAGGUGUAAAAAUGGGGGUGAAAAGUCCCCAUCCUGGUCCUUUCUUCCAUAACUUUUUUUUUUUUUUUCAUGCAAGUAAUUUUUUGUGUUUGGUCUAACCAUCGUGUAACUUAAAGGCAGAAAGUGAAGUACUGUCUCAUACUGUAUACUGACAAAAGAUCCAGAUGUUCACACCACUGCACAAACCUCCUACAGUAAAUUUCUGCUUGUCACAGCAUUAAAUAAACUUAAGAGAUUUUAAACAGAAAGCCAGACAGUGUCAAAG